AUGAGACCGGGCGACACGACAAGUCAUCAACAACGAACACCAUUAGAUCACUAUACGAUCCGCGACAGUAUAUGGAACGGAUUCGAAUCGCUAAAAGUCGAGAAUGAUGAUGAUCGCCAGCACCUCUCCCAGUCUCCGGAUUUCAAGCGUCGGAAAGGUCAGUUAAUGGAGAAACUACCCAUACCCUGGCUAGCAUGGGCGUCGCCAACAGGCCAAAGCGGACAGACACGGCACAAGGGCAACUUCUUCGCGCUUUGGGACAGGAUUGUCGCAGAAUACAGCCGGACGAGUCAGUGUGAUACCAUGUUCGUCAGCUCGAUACUUCUGCCGUCAACUUGGCAUACAGAACCGUUCCAGCAAAACCUCAUCACAAAUCAUGCGCACGAUCUUGGUACUAGCCAGACUCCUAGCACGUCUCAAACGCAACAUGAUCCUCGUAGAACCGAGGCUGCAUAUGAGUCUAAGGAGAACCAAUACUUGGAAGACAACAGUGGUGAGGAAACUGCAUCGGAAACUGCAUCGGACUCAAGCUAUGAGACUGUGAUAGAUGGACUGCAGAGAGGGCAUGGGCAUCCUCUGACUUGGAAACUUCCCACUCGGCUCAAAUGA